GCAUAAACAACUGCAUAUCUGCAGCCAGCGCAUUCUCUUUCAACAUUUUAAUAUAUUUUGUUACUUGCACGAAAAAUAAACUUUUAUAUAGAAUAUGAGUAAGCAAAGAUAAAAAAGCAAAAUGACAUACGCAAGGUCUCCAGAGCAUUGGGUGUUUUCUGUAAAUCGUCAACAAUAGCGAAGUUUUGGACCGAAACUCCGGAGUCGCGCAGCAACUCUUUACUCUGGUAUUCCAGCAAAUUCAACCUCCUCACAGGAACAAUUCCAAAUUGCGAGAGACUCUUCAGGGUUUUUACAGACCCAACGAGGGACUUGCGGACGAGAAAACUUGACAUGUUUGUAACCUCAAAUAGAACUUUUCUCCGGACGGUUUUCUUGACUCUUCUACAAUUAGUGCAAAAAUAUACGAGUGAAAAUAUAUUUGCUUCGCUUGAAAAAAACAGAUUAGGUUAACGAGUGCAACGCGAUAGUGAGAACGUACACUCGAAAAGGAAAGACUUACCAGCUCUGCUUUUAUCGCCGACGAGAAACGAUUCAAAAGCAAGAUACCGGGGUCGUGGAGGGCGAUUCUUCUCAACGAGUUGCCGUGUAUCAUGUGUGAGUUAGUACAUAUGUGAUAUGUAUGCACAUGUCUCGGCACUUUCACAAACGGAGGCUGAACGAAGAAGUUUUUCCGGUCUAGUGCGCGUGCGCUAGAGGCAGUGCCCGCAAACUUGACACGCCGAAAAAACAUAUGGCGCUUAAGCCAGGUAUAUGGAUGACGGGUUAAAGGUCCGUAUGUGUUGACAUACAAUUAGUGGCUGAUUUUCGUCUGUUUUCCGCGGCUGAACUACGCUGCCGAAGACCACAAAGGACACAAUGUCGCCUAAAGAGGGUAGUGACGUCGAACCAGAGGAGGUUCCUGUACAGGAGCAGAAGAUCUACUCCCUGGAAAUACUGAAGAUUAUCAAGGAAGCGCAACAGCAGCACGGUCUGAGACAUGGAGAUUACCAAAGGUACAGAGGAUACUGCUCCAGACGUCUACGACGUUUGCGGAAGGUGCUUAAAGUGCCCCAGGGUGACAGGCGCCAUUUCAAACGCCGUGACGUGAUCGCCCCUAUGGUGACAGAUGACAAGUUUUUGCAAAUUCCAUUGACAAUGUCUGAGAGAGCCUGGAGCUAUGCCAUGCAACUGCGUCAGGAGUCAAACACCGAGCCUCGCAAGAAGUUUCACCUGGUUUCAAGACUGAGAAAGGCUGGAACUUAUGCGUUAGAACUGCAGAAUCUUAUUGAAAGUAUUGACUGUGACCCACGAACAAAACUAGAGGCUCAAGCCUAUGUAGCUUAUAUUCAGGGAUCUAUAAACUUUGAAUUGCAAAAUUGGGCCCCAGCAAUGGAAAACUUCAAAAAAGCUCAAGUUGUCUAUGAGAAUCUUGCUAAAGCUUUGCCAGAACAUGAGCAGCUUAUUUACAAGGCAAGAGUUGAAGAGCUGGCACCAAAUCUAAGAUACUGUGCAUACAAUAUUGGUGACACCACUGCUAUAGAUGACCUUAUGCAAAUGAGAGGUAAACUGAGUGGAGAUCUGCUGAGUAACUUGGAUUCUCUGAUAACACAAACCAGAGAGAAGCAAGCUAGCACAGAGGAAGUAUCAUGGCGUGGAAAGUCUUGUGGAACACCUCCACCAAAGGCACAGACACUACUUAUGGCAGAUUCAAGAUUGAACAACACAUUGUGCAAAGCUGAUGGGAAUCAAGCUAAGGUUGACAUUCUGGAAGCUCAUUUGAUAGAUUGCAAGGAUGCCAUUGCUGCUGUUCGCGAAGACUUCAAAACUGAUUUGAAGAGCAAGGAUAGUGACAAGGCACCUCAACACUUGCUGUCCUAUUUGCAAUAUAUCAGACUUUCACGAACAUUGGAGAGAAAUUUAAUUUUGGUUAAGAUUGCUGAGGAAUCUGAGAAAGCCAAGUCUCAAGAAAUUGUACGUCUGUAUGAAGCUGCCCUUCAUAAUCUUGUUGAGAUGUCACAACUGCAAGAUGAUGAGAGUUUCUUGCAAGAGCAUGAUGCUAAAACUAAAAGCUACAGGGCAUUCCGUUGUUUCUACAUGGCCAAAUCUAUGGCCAAUCUGCACAGAUGGCGUGAAGCAAUGGCUCUGUAUCAAAGAUCAUUGCAGCAUGUCAAAGAUGCUAUGGAACACAAAGCACUUCUACCUACAACUUUGAAGAAUGACUUGGUCAAACUAGAAUCAUUAAUUGAAGGUGCACAGUGUGCAGCGCAUGCACACAGUGUCUUGGAAGAAGGUCAAGAGGAAGACAUAGGUAUUAAUAAGCAAGUUAAGAGCAAAAAAGUGCUUGCAGAUAGACUACACGAAUAUGUAGAGGACCAAGCAUUACUGACCAAACAGCCAAAUGUUUGCAAGUUACCACUGCCAAUGCAGAGUAUUCCAUGCAAACCGCUAUUCUUUGAUUUGGCGUUCAAUAUGAUUGAAUUCCCGGAUCUGUCAGAUAAAUUACAAGAGAAAGAUAAGAAGGGUGAAAAGGGUGGAAUUGCUGGAUUGGUCAAAGGACUUUGGGGCUGGGGUGGCAAGUGAAGUUCGUUUGUUUUUGACUGCCAGAAUAUAUUUGAAACGUAAACGGAAUAUGUUUUUUGUUCUAUGAUUUUUAAAGCUUUGUAUUGAGAUCGUUAUUAAUGUAAUAAAUAAAUUUUCACUUUUCAAAACAGGA